CUCUCACUAGUCUACUCUCUAGAGAGAAGAGGUCGUUUAUCUAUUAUAUAAACUAUGAAGGCAUCCAGCGUUGUACUUUAUGCCCUUUGGCUGGUGGGGUCAUUGGUCUCAGCACACGGCGACCACGAUGAUGAAGACCACACCCACGAUGAUGAAGACCACACCCACGAUGAUGAAGAUCACACCCAUUUCAUAACAAUCGAGCUGUACGGAGACACAACGGCUUGCGAUUCCCCGAAUCCAACUAUCGAUCCAGUCGAACUUGACCAUUGUUAUCGAGGCUCAACAUGUAAUGGUUCUGAUUGCCCCGAUCAAGCUGAUGGCGAUGCGCAAUGGGAGAUGCUUUCCCUGAUGACAGAUGGAGAUGGAGAAGAAAUCCUUGUGCUACAAACUUACAAGGAUGAGGAGUGUACGUCUUUGCUGAUGCAAGAAGAAAAGGAGAUGAACAAAUGUAAAGUUUUGGGGGAGAACCAGAGUGUUUUUUAUGGACCGUAUGUGACCGUUUCGGAUACGUCAUCGACGGCUGGGGAUUCGGAUACAACCGUUGCGGAGGCUGACACGGCAAAUGAGACACAAACAGUGAUUGCGGAUGCUGACACGGCAAAUGGGACACAAACAGUGAUUGCGGAUGCUGACACGUCAAAUGGUACGCAAACAGUGAUUGCGGAUGCUGACACGGCAAAUGGUACACAAACAGUGAUUGCGGAUGCUGACACGGCAAAUGGUACACAAACAGUGAUUGCGGAUGCUGACACGGCAAAUGGUACACAGACAGUGAUUGCGGAUGCUGACACGGCAAAUGGUACACAGACAGUGAUUGCGGAUGAUUCCGGCAAAGAAGUACAAGUGACCUACUAUCUGAAUGCUGCGUGUGAAGGCGAAGAUCUGCGGGAUAGCAUCCGAGACUUCGACAUCAACUCGUGCUAUUUCGAGCACGAAGACGAGCUCCCGUACUACUUCAAAUGGGAGCAUCUUCUGACCGACGGAGAGAGUAGGCUCAAGAAGUCGUACUAUUUAGACAACAAGUGCCUGCACGUCGAUCCCGAUGUUGCGGAGUUCAAUGUACUCGCUGGCGCGUGCAACAAACUCGGAGUCACGAACUCGAUUAAAAUAUCAUUACAAGAUUUCGGUGGCCCACAGGUAGGGUUCGGCUUUGAUUGAGGCCGUAUACAGUCCUAUUGCGAAAUCAGCCGAAAGAACUAUGUAUGCCAUCAAACUGUUGUAUAAGGUGCACAUUCCAGACCAACAUGUCUAAAGCAUGGUUGCUGUGAAAGGCUGAACACCACAGGCCUUGGUGCCAUCCCGGAGAUGAGAGCCAAUCGUAUGUGGCAUCUGGUCAGAAUUGGCGAUGUCAUUGUACCCCUGCGUCUAUAAUAGUUUAAAAUGAAAUAAAUGGACAGCUGAACUACCCAUUUUUGGUUUAAACCUGGC